ACAGAAGUUCCCGGACGAUACUUUCUUCUCUAUGAUGUGUCGUUUGAAGCUAUUCGCCUCGUAACUGUACUUUGGUUGUGGCAAAUUCCACAUAUCUGGACACAGCAUGACUGGAUACUGUUUGUGUUCACUUUGAUUGAGUAAAAUCACAGAGAAAAACCGAGUCUUCAGACAGAUUUUCCACGGCGUCCGCAUGAAUUUCUGAGGUUAUGUAGCCAAACUACUCGUCUAUUGUGCUGCCACCUGUAGACAGACGGCGCCAACAAGUGUGUGUGUGAGAAAUUGGCGCUGCAAUCGCCACACCGGAGUUGGAGCAACUGACAGCAAGAGAUCCGUGUUUGUUUACCUUUUCAUUCAUGCAAAAUAAUUACUUCAAUUUUGCACUUAAUAAUUGUGUGAAUUUUUCCGAUGAUUCUCGAGAAAUUCCCCAGAAUUGAUCAGUGUUAGACCAACAUUCAAAGUGUGAAGUAGUUUUGGCGGGUUUUCCCAUAUUCUAAGAUGAAAAUGUCUCUUGGCCAGGAUUCUGAUUCAGAGGAUGAAUUGCCUCCGGCGUGGGAGGAAAGAGCAACAAACGAUGGAUACGUCUAUUAUGUGAAUCACCAGAGCAAGAGCACUCAGUGGACGCAUCCGCGCACGGGGAAGAUCAAGAAAGUGGCCGGAGAGCUGCCAAUGGGCUGGGAGAGGAAGAUCGAGGAGAAAACUGGGAAGGUGAUCUUCAUUGAUCACAACAACAAGACGACGACGUACAUUGAUCCUCGUUUGGCAUUUGCCAUUGAGGAAGUUCCGCCGAGCAUCAGUGAGAUUCGACAGCGCUUCGAUGGCUCCAGCACGGCACUGCAGAUCCUCCAUGGGCGGGAUUUGUCUGGAAAGCUGGCUAUCGUGACUGGCAGCAAUGUGGGCAUCGGCUAUGAGACAGCCAAAUCGUUGGCCUUCCACGGAUGCACCGUUAUCAUGGCCAAUCGCAACCAGGAGUCCACUGAAGAGGCCAUUCAGCGCAUCGGCCAAGAGCGUCCCCACGCGGCGCGUCUCCUGCACUUCCGCCCGCUGGACCUGACCAGUCUCGCCUCGUGCAAGCACUUCGAGACAAUGAUUAAGAUGCAGUUCAAGCACGUGGACUUUCUCAUCCUCAACGCCGGCGUCAUGGGCACGAGUCACACCGUCACUCCGGAUGGCCUCGAGAUCACCUUCCAAGUGAACCAUCUUUCACACUUCCAUCUCACGAUGCUGCUCGCGGACUUGCUGGAUCACACCUCACGUGUCGUCGUGCUGUCCUCGGAGUCGCACAGGUUCAGCAAUCUGAAACUCGAGGGCUUGUCGGAGCACAGCUUGUCCGUGUCCGAGGCGAAGUACAGCAGCAUGAUGGCCUACAACAACUCCAAGCUGUGCAAUGUGCUCUUUGCUCGGGAGUUGGGAAAGCGCUGGCAAAACCGCGGCAUUUCCGUGUUCGUCUGCCAUCCGGGGAAUUUGGUUUCCACCAGUAUCAGUCGUCACUGGUGGCUCUUUCGCUUCUUCUUCGCCCUCGUGCGACCCUUCACGAAGUCCCUGCAACAAGCGGCCAGCACGACAAUUUACUGCGCUGUGGCACCUGAAUUGACAGGCUUGACUGGCAUCUAUUUCAACAACUGUUUCUUCUGUGAGCCCAGUCAAUUAUCCCAGAACGACCAGAUGUCCGAGAAGGUGUGGGAACUGAGCGAGAAAAUGAUCGAGCACAUUCUGAAUAAGUAA